AUGUCAUCCAGCAGGGCUAAUGCUACCCCGCCGGAUUCACGUGAGGACUACAUAGGCGUGCGCGCUGUUGAAUUGGUGUUUUCUAAGCAAGCGUACUCCAUCCAAUGCAAAAUCAAUCGCAGUAGCUUAAUUAUUGCUGAAUUUAUUGGGGGCUCUCCUGCGAUGAGUCUCUUCAGCUUGGCAUUACACAUAAGCCACUAUGGCAUCUCAUUGAAAAAUGGCUCAUUCGAAAUGCUUCCCCCAGUGUGUGCGUUUAGCAAAUUGGACUGUAAACUAGAUGACGUUGAAGACGGUGUAGACCACGCUGGAGAAGCUGAAGAGGGCUCGGAAGAGGAAUUUCCGGUUGACGAGGAGUUUAUAAACAAUCUUCCACAAGUUUAG